AUGAGGUUCCCUGAACCCGUGGGGACUGUAAUACUCGCCGCCGCGUUGUGGACCGUGAGCGGCUUGGACCUGGGGCAGAGUCCGUGUACCACCCUGGUCCAGGGCAAACUCUUCGGCUACUUUUCCUCGUCGAUGGUCUUCGCUUCCAACUCCUCGGUGUGUUCCUGGAUUUUUCAGAACCCGGACCCUCGGAGGUACACGCUGUACAUGAAGGUGGCCAAGACCAGCAACGUUUGCGACCGCCACCAGAUCCGCACUUACCAGUUCGACUCCUUCCUGACCAGUACCCGCACCUACUUGGGCAUGGAGAGCUUUGACGAAGUGUUGAAACUGUGCGACCCCUCAGCCCGCUACGCCUUCCUGCAAUCCGCCAAACAGUACCUACAGAUGAAGCAAAUUGCCCAGCCCCGGACCAGGGGCUCCCGGCUCAAAGACAAGGAGUUCUCGGCUGAGUAUCUGGUGGUGGGUAACAGGAAUCCCAGCAAAGGAGCUUGUCAGAUGCUCUGCAAGUGGCUGGAGACUUGCCUGGCCCUCAGCACCAGUUCCCGUCCCUGUGGCAUCAUGCAGACCCCUUGCUCUUGCUCCAGGGGCGAAAGCCUGGGACAGGCCACUGAGAUGCUGGGCUUAAACAAGAAGGAGGACAUUUGUCUGAAGGACGGCGUGUACUUGGAGCAUUGCAUGAAGAGCCCGAAGGGGAACGGCGAGACGGAUGCCCGCGGUGGCUGGAAUGCCUGGUCGUCUUGGGGUGACUGUACCAAAUCGUGUGGGGGUGGAUUGCAGACCCGAAGCAGGACCUGCCAUUCCCAGUUAGAGGAAGGGUUUGUUUGUGAAGGAGUUUCAGAAGAAGGAAGAUUAUGCAAUAAGCAGCCUUGUAAUACACAUGGACACUAUAGUUCCAGAAGCCAAUCAUUGAGGUCAAUAGACUACAGGAAACAUCAAGAUGUUGACGGUUUCCAUCGCUAUGGGUACUCCUUAUCUCAGACAGGCGACCCUGCAGCAGAGGAAUGGUCCCCAUGGACUGUCUGUUCUUCGACUUGUGGGCAGGGUACACAGACCCGGAUGAGAUCCUGUGUAUCAUCUCCAUAUGGCACCUCGUGUAGUGGACCUCUGCGAGAAAUGAGACUAUGCAACAAUUCAGCAGUGUGUCCAGUCCAUGGUGUCUGGGAGGAAUGGUCGCCGUGGAGUUUAUGCUCCUCCACAUGUGGAAGAGGUCACCGAGAUCGUACCCGUUCCUGCAUACAACCUCAAUUUGGAGGGAAUCCCUGUGAAGGGCCCGAGAAGCAAACCAAGUUCUGCAACAUUGCACUUUGUCCUGUGGAUGGGAACUGGAAUGAUUGGUCCAGUUGGAGUCAGUGUUCUGUCACUUGCUCAAAUGGGACACAACAACGGACAAGGGAAUGCAAUGGACCUUCCUUUGGUGGAGCUGAAUGUCAGGGUUAUUGGUCUGAAAACAGGCCGUGCUUUCCAAGACAGUGCCCAGUAAAUGGGAAAUGGCAAAAAUGGAGCAUCUGGGAACCAUGCACCAAAAGCUGCGAUGGUGGGACACAGCUUCGAGUGAGGGUCUGCUCUGGGCCAUUUUUUGGAGGACUGCAAUGUGAUGGACCUCAGGAGGAGUACAGAUUGUGCAAUGACAAAAAGUGCCCAGCACCUCAUGAGUAUUGUCAGGAAGAAAACUACAACUCUGUGGUGUGGACAAAGACACCAGCUGGAGAGUCUGCAAUGGUCAGUUGCCCACCAAGUGCUGCAGGAAUAAUCCUGAGAAAUUGUGUUCUAGAUGAUGAGGGAAUUGCUUUUUGGGAGCCUCCACGUUUUACCAGAUGUAUUUCCAAUGACUACCAGAUGUUGCAGUCAGAGACAAGACAACACCUGUCUAAGGCUCAGCGGGGAUUGACAGGGGAAGGAGUGUCAGAGAUCAUAAGAAAGCUGGCAGACACUUCAGAAGGAGGGACCAGCUACAGUGGAGACAUUCUAGCUUUAAUUGAUAUUUUGAAGAACAUGACAGAAAUCUUCCGCAGAACCUAUUACACUCCUGUCUCUGGAGAUAUCCAGAAUUUUGUUCAGAUUGUGAGCAAUUUGCUCUCAGAAGAAAAUAAGCCGAGAUGGGCAGAAGCUCAGCUGACUGGGCCAAACGCGAAAGAAGUGAUGCAAACUGUUGAGAAUUUUAUUGACGUUAUUGGCUUUCGACUGAGUGACUUCAGGGACUCCUAUCUCGUUACAGAAAACCUAGUGAUCUGUAUUUAUAAACGGCCAGUCAUUGGGGCUACAGAUAUCAAUUUCCCAAUGAAAGGAUGGAGAGGAAUGGUUGACUGGGCAAAGAAUUCUGAGGACAAAGUGACUGUUUCAAAAACGAUUUUUUCUGCAGGAUCAACAGAGCCGGAUGAUUCUUCAGUUUAUGUGAUAGGAACUGUCCUCUAUAGAAACCUGGGGGCAUUUCUGGAUCUUCAAAGGAAUGCUACAGUGCUGAAUUCCAAGAUACUGUCUGUCAUUAUGAAACCUUCUCCAAAGUCUUUGGCCAGCCCUUUGGAAAUUGAAUUUUCUCAUUUAUAUAAUGGCACCACGAACCAAUCAUGCAUUGCAUGGGAUGAAACAGACACCUUCGCCGUCCAGGGGGUCUGGUCGAGCCGCGGCUGUAAGACGUUCCCCAUUGACUCGUCACGUACAAAAUGCCAGUGUGACCGGCUCUCCAGCUUCGCCAUUUUGGCUCAGCUCUCGUCAGAUUCGAACAUGGACAAAGUGAUCCUGCCUUCAGUCACUCUAAUCGUUGGCUGUGGAGUUUCUUCAUUGACUCUUCUACUGCUAAUCAUUAUUUAUGUAUCGGUCUGGAGGAGAUCAAACUCGCAGUACUCAGACGUGGUCUCACCAGCACCUUGUAUAGUUGCGGUAAUCUGUACCCUUGUGGCAGCAUUUCUGCAUUUUUUCUUCCUCUCAUCAUUCUGCUGGGUGCUGACAGAGGCCUGGCAGUCAUACAUGGCUGUCACAGGAAGAUUACGAAAUCGAAUCAUCAGGAAGCGGUUUCUUUGUCUGGGAUGGGGAAUAUUCUACAUUUCACAGGAAUUUCUCAUCUACUGUACAACACACUAUGCAACUAAUCUUCAAAGUUGCUGGCUCAGCUUGGAAGGUGGUCUUCUCUACGCUUUUGUGGGACCUGCAGCCGUUGUUGUUUUGGUGAACAUGGUUAUUGGCAUUCUGGUAUUUAACAAACUUGUAUCCAAAGAUGGAAUAACAGAUAAGAAACUGAAGGAACGGGCAGGUCAGAUGACAGUUCCCCUUUACGGUAUGACGCUCAAAUGUUCCAAGUGUGGAGUUAUAUCUUCAGCUGAAGUAUCGGCUACAGUCACCAGUAACGCCAUGGCAUCUCUUUGGAGCUCUUGUGUUGUCCUGCCACUUCUAGCACUGACCUGGAUGUCUGCAGUGUUAGCCAUCACUGAUCGAAGAUCAGCCCUCUUUCAGAUCCUCUUUGCUGUCUUUGACUCUUUGGAAGGCUUUGUCAUUGUAAUGGUCCACUGCAUUUUGAGAAGAGAGGUUCAGGAUGCGGUGAAGUGUAGAGUUGUAGAUCGACAAGAGGAGGGAAACGGAGACUCUGGGGGAUCAUUUCAGAAUGGACAUGCGCAAUUAAUGACUGACUUUGAAAAGGAUGUAGAUAUGGCAUGCAGAUCAGUUUAUCAAGGUGAAGGAUGUCAGCGCUGGGGAGUGGAACACUUUUCUACUUUGAGAAAGCAGUGUCAGGAUCAAGCACUCCCAGUUUUAAAUAAAGAUAUUAACGCCGUCAGAACAGGAACCCUGACAGGAACUCUAAAACGCUCAAUGGUCCAUGAGGAAGAAAUGAAAAUGAAGUUUAACCAUCAAAAGUUGUCCGGUUUCUCAAGUCUUCCAGCAAAUGUGUCGAAGAUGCACCUCCAGGGAUCGCUGAACUACCCAGGCUCAUUAAACAUGAAUGAGUUUAGCGACCACACAUUGAAAAUAAACAAGAGCGAGCAGCCGAAAUCCAUCUAUAUAUGCGAUGGUGACAUUUUCAAGCAGUUAGACUCGGAACUAGCUCGAGCACAAGAACAAGUCACAGAUGCUAACUAUGUCAUCUUGCCCACCAACACCUCUACCCUGAGGCCCAAACCAAAAGACGAUAGCAAAUAUAAUCUUAACAUUAGUCAGUUGCCCCAGACUCGACUCAUUCAUCUCAAUGCAGACAGUGGGUUUUGUGCAAAAAACUCACCACUGGAUCAUGUUAACAUUGCUUGCAAUGAAAGGGCUUCUCCUGGCCACCAGAUACAGAGUUCUGCAAAUGAAACACAGCUCCCCAAUAAUCUGUGUGAUACAGGUGAUUCAGGGAACUCAGGGAUGGUGUCCAAAAGUGAGACGGUUUCUACAUUAUCCACAAGCUCAUUGGAGAGCCCUAAGUCCCAGAAUAAUCCUAGUCGCGCCUCCCUGAACUCUCUCCAAUGUGUCAGUGUACCGUUGAAGGGUUCCAACAGACACAGGUACCCUGAGUGGAGCGUUAUGCUUAAAAAGAUAGUUGAAGUUGGCUAUUACCAAAGCCAGUGCCUAACAAUUGGUUCUGACAAGUACGGAAAAGACCCUAUGUUUGAGCAGAUAUCAACCGUUGAAUAG